UUUUGAAUAGAUAGUUUAAGCAAGGAUGAGUUUAGUGUUUGAUGAGAAUGGAAGGCCAUUUGUGAUCCUUAGAGAUCAAGAUAAGAAGCAGAGAGUAAAGGGACUUGAAGCUCAUAAGGCGAAUAUUAUCGCAGCAAGGACGGUCGCAAAUCUUUUGAAGACCUCCCUUGGACCAAAGGGAAUGGACAAAAUGUUAGUCUCUCCUGAUGGCGAUGUUGUUGUUUCCAAUGACGGAGCAACUAUCAUGGAGCAAAUGGAGGUGGAGCACCAGACUGCCAAGCUCUUGGUGGAGCUAUCGAAGUCUCAGGACAAUGAGAUCGGAGAUGGAACGACCGGAGUCGUCGUUCUUGCUGGAGCCUUGUUGGAGCAGGCACAAGCUUUGCUUGAUAAAGGUAUCCACCCUCUGAAGAUAGCAGACGGAUUUGAAAAAGCAUGUGAAAUGGCAGUAGACAGAGUUGAGAAUAUCGCAACUGAGUUAGAUAUUGAGGCUCAUGAGCAUGAAGAAUUAAUUAAAUGCGCCAUGACAGCUCUUGGAUCUAAAGUAGUUAGCAAGCAAAAGAGGAAAUUGGCUGAAAUCGCUGUGAAUGCUGUACUCAGUGUUGCUGAUAUGGAAAGAAGAGAUGUCAAUUUGGAUCUCAUCAAGCUUGUUGGAAAGACUGGAGGAAGUUUAGAAGACACUUCAUUCAUCGAUGGUAUUGUUAUUGAUAAAGAAUUCUCCCACCCACAAAUGGAGAAGGAAGUGAAGGAUGCCAAAAUCUGUAUCUUGACUUGCCCAUUCGAACCACCAAAGCUCAAGACUAAGCACAAUCUUGAGAUCAAGAAUAAGGAUGAUUAUGAAAAACUCUAUGAGAUUGAGCAGAAGUACUUCACUGAUAUGGUCAAAAGCGUAAAAGAUAGCGGAGCCAAUUUGGUUCUCUGUCAAUGGGGAUUUGAUGAUGAAGCUAAUCAUCUUUUGAUGCACAACAAACUUCCAUCAGUCAGAUGGGUUGGAGGAGUCGAGAUCGAACUCAUUGCUAUCGCAACUGGAGGAAGAAUCAUCCCAAGGUUCCAAGAGAUCACCCCAGAGAAGCUUGGAAAUGCUGGACAUGUCAAGGAGGUUAACUUUGGAACCACUAACGAAAAGAUGAUUGUAAUUGAAGAGUGCUCUAACUCUAAGGCUGUUACCAUCUUGACCAGAGGUGGAAACAAGAUGAUUGUCGCUGAGGCUUUGAGAUGUCUCCAUGAUGCCAUCUGAGUAGUCAGGAAUAUGAUCAAAAAUCACAAAAUCGUUCCAGGAGGUGGUGCUUCUGAGCUCUCAGCCUCUAUUUAUAUCCAAGAGGAAGCAGACAAAAUUGAGACUAUUGAACAGUAUUCCGUCAGAGGUUUUGCUGAAGCUUUGGAGGAGAUCCCAUUAGCUUUAGCUACCAACAGUGGAUAUGAUGCAAUGCAAUAUGUGAGUGACCUUAAGGAACAACAGGUCAAAUCUGGAAAUCCAUACUAUGGAGUUGAUGCCAUGAACACAGGAAACAACCAGAUGAUUGAGGAAGGAAUUUACGAAAGCGUAAUGUCUAAGAAGCAGCAACUUCAAUUAUCAACACAGGUCGUUAAAAUGAUCCUGAAGAUCGAUGAUGUUAUUGCUCCUUCUGAGUAUGCAUAA